CUCGGCCCAAGGGGUCGAUGAAUGCAGAACUGAGCACGAACAGGCCGAUGCAUCGCCACCAAGUCCAACAUCACUCCAAGUGUGUACCGGAAGUCGGAACCUCCGGAUCUGUGGGUCUGUGGGUGGUUGGUUGGAUGUUGGACGUGGUCAUUUUUGGGACUUCGGGUCCUUUUCACAAGAAGGACGAUGAAGUGGUGGUUUUUCGAGAGUCGGUUUAGUGAAAAAAAAGCGCACCCAUGUUGGUGUGAGGUUUUGGAGUCACCGCAAUCAACUCAUUGAAGUCAAAUGAAGUUAAUAUGAAGAACCUUCCCCCAAGCUGAGUCGGGCUUUACUCUCUAUAGUAUAUAUUAUAAAUUGCAUUAUUGUGCCCCUUCGACGUUGCCCCUUCGACGUUGCGUGCCCCGUCUGCGCAGAACCUUUGGCUCCGAUUUUGACCCCUCGUGGCCAAUUCGACACCGGUGGCGACACCAUGCCGACCGCGUCGCGCCGACCUGUCGGCGCCAUCUCCCUGGCGGCCGCUGGUGCUGCCGGCAUGGUCCUGGUGCCGGACCGUGGCUUCGUGGCCACGCGCGGGGCGGGCCCAACGCACGGGACCAGCGCAGCAGUGCAGGAGGCCCGGAGACCAGCGGCAUCUGCACCACUUGGAGGAGUUCCCUUGGUCAGCUGCGCCUUGAUGACCGGUGCCGUCGUCGCCUCCUCCCUCCGCGGUCGCCGCGCAGAGCGGUCGUCGCGCGGAGCGGCGACGGCGCGCGCGGCCGGGCCGGUGCUGACGCUGGGGACCCGUGGCUCACCCUUGGCGCUGGCGCAGGCCUACGAAGCCAAGAGACGCCUAGGGGAGGCUUUCCCCGAGCUGGCUGACGACGAGGCGGUGGAGAUUCGCAUCAUCUCCACCACGGGCGAUCAGCGCUUGGAGAUCUCCCUGGCCGAGAUCGGUGGCAAGGGGCUCUUCACUCGAGAGCUGGAUGUGGCACUGGCAAGUAAGGAGGUGGACUUUUGCGUCCACUCCACCAAGGACGUGCCCACCGAGCUGAUUCCGGACACCGAGCUGUGCACGAUGCUCCCCCGCGAGGACACCCGGGACGUGCUCAUCAGUGGAGAUCCCGAGAAGAUCAAGUGCAUCGAGGACUUCCCGGAUGGCAGCUUGAUCGGGACUGCAUCCCUUAGGCGGCAGGCGCAGAUCUACAGCAAGAAUCCCAACGUGAAGUGUGUGAACUUCAGAGGCAACGUGCAGACCAGGCUACGCAAGCUCCAAGGUGGAGAUGUGAAAGGCACCUUCCUGGCCUAUGCGGGCCUGAAGCGAAUGAGCAUGGAGGAACAUGCGACCAAAGUCCUGGAGUGGGACGAGAUGCUCCCAGCCAUCGCCCAAGGUGCCAUUAGUUUCCAGUGCCGGUCUGAUGACGAGCGGGUCUUGAACUACUUGAAGCCCUUGUCCCAUGAUGACACCUUCCAGUCCGUGACCUGCGAGCGCGCCUUCCUGGCGGCGCUCGAUGGGAACUGCAAGACGCCGAUCGCAGGGCAAGCGAAGGUCAUCGAUGGGGAGUUGCAUUUGAAGGGCCUGGUGGCCUCCCCCGACGGGAAACAGAUCUUCCGAACUGAGCGCACGGGGAAAGUGUCCGAGGCCACGGAGAUUGGUCGGGACGCGGGGAAUGAGAUCCGAAAAGAAGCGGGAGAGGCGUUCUUCCAAGAGAUGCAGGACUAUGUCCAAGAGGUGGCGGCCGCGAACACGAAACCUGUUCGAGGUUGAGCGUAAGUCCUCAUCUCCAUUGAAAAAUGGUCCUGCAGAUGGCACCAUUUGAAAAGGGGCCGAGACUUGUGUGGGACGCACGGCUGUUCACCAGGCUGGCAUCCUUCACGAGUCAGGCCGUGCGUGUCGUCUAGACGACACGCA